AUGUCGACCGAACACCCAGUCCAGUCUGUCGACUCGGCAGAAGACAUCACUACUCCUGCUACUGGCACCAGUGGGCUUGAACUUCCUUCUGAGAAGAGCCCUCUUGACUCUGACACAACUGCCACUCUGCAUGCGCCGACCGAUGCGAGUGCUGAAAACACCGAACAUGAACGUGAAUCCACUGGUAAUCUAGCCAGUCAAGACACCACCAACCAAACCACUACAACAGAUCAGUAUUCCUCGAUACAGGAGGAAAUCGCAUCCAAAACUGUAAAACAGCCAGAAGCUCCUGCUCUCAGUCUGGAGCUCACACUACUGUUGAUAUCAGGACUGAGAGUCAAAAUCAAAAUAGACGACAAUUAUAUGCAGACCCACUCGAUCCCCAUCACGGCACCUGAAAGCAUGACCGUAGGAUCGCUUAAAAGUAGUUUAUUUUCCAGCUGGCAGGACGAGUGGGGAUCUGCCCCCACCACCACGGGGCUUAUCAGAUUAAUACAUCUCGGCAAAAUUCUCGAAGACCAGCAAACGCUAGAAGAGUGCAGUUUGACCAGUUCUAAAUCCCACAACGUUGUACACUUGUCUGUCAAGCCCGAAUCGUUCGAAAUGGAGGCUCCUACUAAAGUCAAAUCACGCUCCGGGUUUCGAGGCGGCCGGUCUGGCGACCAACGGGAGGGCCAGUCUCGUGGCUCCAGUAGCUGCUGUAUUAUCCUCUAG